AUGACUGUGAUAUACGGAGGUUCUCAUCUGGCAGAGUCAGAUGCCAAUGUAUCUGACUCAUCCUCGCUUUCGCAUAUUCAAAUACAGACUAACGGCAAAGGUGAAAACACUUCUUCCUUGGAAAAGGACAUUAAAGAAGAGGAGAUUUUUAAUGAAGCAGAAUUUCACGACGGUGACUCUAUCGAUGAGGAUGAUGGCCUUGUGUGGGAAGGCGAUCCGACAUAUUUGCCCAACUCACCUUAUCCGGACGUGAGAUAUGCUGUUUCUAUAGAAGAUGAUCCUACGAUCCGUCUUAAUCAUUGGAGAACGUGGUUUUUAACAACCAUCUUCGUGGUAGUGUUUGCUGGGGUGAAUCAAUUUUUCUCUUUACGGUAUCCUUCGCUAACUAUUGAUUUUAUCGUUGCACAAGUUGUUUGUUAUCCAAUAGGUAAAGCAUUGGCGAACUUACCAGACUGGAAAUGUGCAAGAGUGCCAUUUUUUGAUUUAAAUCCUGGCCCGUUCACCAAAAAGGAGCAUGCAGUUGUCACUAUUGCGGUUGCUUUAACAUCAUCAACAGCGUACGCAAUGUACAUAUUAAAUGCUCAAGGAAGCUUUUACCACAUGAAACUUAAUGUGGGAUAUCAAUUUUUGUUAGUAUGGACAUCACAGAUGAUUGGAUAUGGUGCAGCUGGGUUAAGUAGAAGAUGGGUUGUCAAUCCUGCCAGUGCUAUUUGGCCACAAACUUUGAUAUCGGUCUCACUUUUUGAUUCGCUUCACUCCAAAAAGAUUGAAAAAGCAAUUGCGAAUGGAUGGAGCAUGUCUCGGUAUAAGUUCUUCGUGAUUGUAUUCGUUGUUUCAUUUAUUUGGUACUGGGUACCUGGAUUUUUGUUUACUGGACUUUCUUACUUCAAUUUUAUUUUAUGGGGAUCAAAGACGAGGCAUAACUUUGUAGCAAAUACAAUAUUUGGGGUACAAAGUGGACUUGGAGCUUUGCCAAUAUCUUUUGACUAUACUCAAAUAUCGCAAGCAAUGUCUGGUUCUGUUUUUGCUACGCCAUUCUAUGUUUCUGCAAACACUUACGCUUCUGUUCUACUAUUCUUUGUUAUUAUUCUUCCAUGCCUUUAUUUCAAAAAUGUUUGGUAUGCGAAAUACAUGCCGGUCAUUUCAACAUCUACUUAUGAUAACACGCAAAGCAAGUAUAAUGUCACAAAAAUUUUGAACGAGGAUUAUUCUAUCGACCUGGAAAAAUAUAAGAGUUAUUCACCAAUAUUUGUUCCAUUUUCAUAUUUAUUGUCUUAUGCGUUGAAUUUUGCAGCCGUUAUUGCAAUAUUCGUACACUGCGUACUCUAUCAUGGCAAAGACAUUAUUGCGAAAUUGAAGGAUCGUAGGAAUGGUGGAACUGAUAUUCAUGCUAGAAUAUACGCCAAAAAUUAUAUUGACUGUCCGGACUGGUGGUAUCUAAUUUUACAGGUCGUAAUGCUGGCAUUAGGCUUUGUUACAGUAUGCGCAUUUGAUUCCAAGUUUCCUGCUUGGGCUUUUGUUGUAGCUGUAAUUAUUUCCCUUGUCAACUUUGUUCCUCAGGGAAUAUUAGAAGCCAUGACAAAUCAGCAUGUAGGGCUUAAUAUUAUUACUGAGUUAAUUUGUGGCUAUAUGCUUCCUCUAAGACCAAUGGCCAAUUUGCUUUUUAAAUUAUAUGGAUUUAUUGUGAUGAGACAAGGCUUGAAUUUAAGUAGAGACUUGAAAUUAGCCAUGUAUAUGAAAGUUCCACCACGUCUAAUUUUCUUCAUUCAAAUCUAUGCCACCAUUAUUUCUGGUAUGGUGAACGUCGGAGUUCAGGAAUGGAUGACGCAUAAUAUUGAUGGAAUAUGCUCUACAGAUCAAUCAAACGGGUUUACUUGUGCCAAUGGUCGUACUGUGUUCAACUCAUCAAUUAUCUGGUCUUUCCCAAAGUAUCUUUUCUCACCUGGUCGUAUUUAUAAUCCUUUGAUGUGGUUCUUCUUAAUUGGUUUGCUUGUUCCGUUGAUUGUAUACGCCAUUCAACGGAAGUUUCCCAAAAAUCAAUUUGCGAAACAUAUCCACACUCCAGUGUUCUUCACGGGACCAGGAAAUAUUCCACCAAGCACCCCUUACAACUAUUCGCUCUUUUUUGCAGCAUCUUUUUGUUUACACGUUAUAAGAAAGCGUUGGGGACCUUGGUUUAAAAAAUACAAUUAUGUUAUGGGGGCAGCAGUUGAGUCAAGUGUUGCAAUAGCGGUUGUUAUUAUUUUUUUGUGUGUCCAGUUUCCUGGUGCGAAACUCAAUUGGUGGGGAAAUGACGUUUGGAAAAACACUUACGAUAAUGACUACAAAAAGUUCUACACUCUUGAGAAAGGUCAGACUUUCGGACCUAAUAAAUGGUGGUAA